AUGUUUUUUCAAACUUGGGUUCGAUAUUAUCCAUGGAUUGAUUUGACAAAACCAGAUGCAUUUAGAUUAAAUGCUGUUAAUGUUUAUGAACAAACAGAACCAAAUGUUAGAAUUGGAAUAUGGUAUAUAUUGCCAUUCACUAUCACUAUUGAUCAUAGUUUAUCAACACUUGCUGAUCAUCUUAAACAAUAUGUCAAAUCUGAUGACCUUCCUAUAAUUAUAUAUUUACAUGGACAAGAUGGUACAAGAGCAACACAUUAUCGAUCAAAUCAUUAUAGAGUAAUGAGUGCUUUUGGUAAUCACAUUAUUACUCUUGAUUAUCGUGGUUAUGGUGAUUCAACUGUUUGUCCUGAAAAUCCAGUAACUCUAUGGGGUCAUUCAAUGGGUACUGGUGUUGCAUUGUGGACAAUGAAUGAUUUAUUUCAAAACUAUCCUAAUUUAAAAAAACCAUCAGGUCUUGUACUCGAAGCACCAUUUUAUAAUACAAUUCAAGCUCUUAUUUCAUAUCCAGUUACACGAAUAUUAAAAAUCAAUCCAUAUUUUAUGCAAGCUGCACUUGAUUCUUUAGCAGCUGUUAAAAUCAAUUUUCCAAAUAAUGAAAUUAUUUCAUUCUUACCAUUACCAAUUAUAAUUAUUCAUUCAGAAGAUGAUGCUAUUGUACCUUAUCAUCAUGCUCAAUUAAUUGAAAAUUAUGUUAAAAUUCAUCGUGAGAAAAAUUUACCUUCUGUUCGUCUCAUAACUGUUCCACGUUCAGCAAAUUGUGGACAUAAUCAUAUUUAUUCAUAUCCUAAAUUUCAAGAAUUAGUUAGUGAUAUUGCGUUUCUUAAGCGUUUAUCUUCGUCUUAA